CGGCGGUGAACAUCAUAUGUCCAACCAACAGUCAGUCGCAACACACUUUACCGAGGAGGGUUUACAAAGCCGUAGGAUUUACGAGCACAACGUGACUAACGGGACGAAUACAGAAUGUUUACAAAGCAUGGAGUUGACAAAUCAUCAGGAAGUUUUUCAACACACGGAUAACCAACUUAUCUCAGGAAGACCUUGUGAAGCUGACGCACUGCAUUCAAGAAACUCUACACUAACGUUCUCUCCACUCAAACGCUAUGAUUCAGUAGGCAACCCUGGUAUGAGAGUCUCUCAGGGAAGGUACUUCUCCCCAAGCAGCUCUGAUGAAACAUCAUCUCCAGGGAGGUACACUUCCCCGAUAAGCCAAGAUUUUACUCCUUCUCCGACAAUCUAUACAUCUCCAAGCUGCCCAGAUGUGACUCCUUCGCCAAGACGAGGUGAUACCUCACUCAGUGAAGUAGAAACCAGCGGCUCUUUCAGUUUCGGCUCACUGUCGCUAGAGAAACCCCUCAGGCAAGAUUGCAAUAACUGCCAUGAAGAGAUCACAAGCAAUGUAUUAAAUUCGAUCCACGCGGGAAGCACACCAUCUCCUUGCCCCUCGUGUGCGUCUUCUUUGAAUGGCAUGGAACUCUGCUCUUUUGAAUCUGAUAGGCAUUACAACGAACUAGGGCCAGAGUCGCCAGUGUCUUUUAAAGUACCCCAUCAGGAUCAAACGGGUGCUGCUGUGUCUACCAUAAAUGGAGAAGUAGUUCAAGAUUUUAAGGGUGUAUCACCACGACAUGAUCAAAUAAAGGUUCAUGAUACCUAUGUUCAGAUAGGGAAAGAAUCAGAUUCAGUGCUGACAAAAACGCCUCCUGUUCAAUGUCUUCCACGAGAACAUCCUCUUGAAGUUGAGAAGAACACUUACCCGGCUUCUUUGAAACCACUGUCCCCUAAUAAUGCAACGGUUCCUCUUUCAUCCGUUCCUGCUUUACUUCCGGCUGAACUUGUGUCUCCCGCGGGCUCGAGCAUAGUGGGACCGCAUGUAUCACCGCCAAUCGAUCCUGGUAGUGGAUCGGAUCCUCCUACAGGCGCUACUGCUUCAUGCACACCAGAGCCUGUUUCUUCUUCAAACUCAAGCACGGUAAGACCCCUCAUGAAACAACAAUUAUUCUCCAACCCUUCCCAUGGGCCUCAUGGGCCCCAUGGGCCACCCCAGCGUAUUCAACCAAUGCCGGUAAGCAUGGCUUCCAGAUUGCAACACCCUGACUUUCCGAGGCACCAGUCGGGUAAUUUGAUGUUUCCAGGAUGGAAUGCUGAUGCUUUUCUUCAACAGCAGCUUCUGGCGUCGAGGCUGCCGUUUGGACCACCAUUUUACGCAGGAAUGCGUGUAAUUCAACCAAAUAGUCCAAUAUCGUUGCCCUUACAGGAGCUCCGAACUUCUCUGGGGCGAUCCAACAGGGGUGCAGCAGGGAGGGGACGAUCAUUUGCACCAAGAUUUCCCAAUGCAAAUCUUGGAAAUAUUAGAACUCGUGGCGAAAUUGAGAAUGGUGAGUUACCUUCAACGACGAUCUUGCAGGAAACCUCUUCCGUGAGGAACACUUCAGACACACCUGAAGAUUAUACUCCCACUUUAUUUCAGAAUCAGAAAACCAAACUUGAAUCAGCAAACAUCGACCCUUUGCCGCUUUUCAAGAGCACACCGUAUUGUAGCCGUAACAAAAUUGACGAGGAAACAUCUUUGACUCAAAGUCCAGGAAGCAGUAAUUCUCCUCCGGACGGAAGCUGCUUUGAUGGUUUGGCAAAAGAGUCGAGAGAAGGGACUGAGUUUCGACGCUUUACACACGUCCGUCAGGAGGCUGACGAUCAAGGAAGAUUCAAUGCUAAGGAUGUGAAGCGAGUUACAUCUUCAAGCGGCACCUUAGAAAGUUUGGAAAACGAGAUGCAAAACUCUGAUGUGAAGAGCUUAUCUCCAAGUAAAAUGACACAGAGUGAACUGCGUCUCAAAGACCAAAAGAAUGAGUUGAAAAGGAUCGUCCGUGAGAAUGAAACAAUGCGUCGGAACAUAGACUGGACGAAAUCCAGAGGAAUGGCGGGUAACAGGGAAGGAGAAAGUCAGCUCAAAGAAGAAAUUAGUGUUAGAGAGCUCUUUUUACAAAAGGAAAAGGAAAUAUUUGUCUUAAGGUACAAUAUUACAAGAAUCACAUCUGUUUAUUUUAUACUCGAGUCUUCUUAA